AUUUACAGAUUGUACAUUUCAAAAGUGUCUCCGUGCUGAACAUAGUUUCUAGUUUUGAUCGAUCGACCGAAGUUUGGGCGUUGGGCGAUUCAUGCGAAAACUGUAGGUGGCCCUAAGAUUUUUCUGAAGAUCAAAUCAUUAGGACUCGUGUGAACCGCGUGUCGAGGAAUCCUUUGAUUUGAGCUGCAGACAUGGCUAACACAAUGAAUGGAUUUGAAGACGGAUAUAUGGAGCAAGAGGAAGAAUGGGAGCGUGAGGGGCUUCUUGAUCCGGCAUGGGAGAAACAACAAAAGAAGACUUUCACGGCAUGGUGCAAUUCGCACUUGCGGAAAGCCGGAACGGGGAUUGAGAACAUCGAGGAAGACUUCCGCAAUGGGCUGAAACUGAUGCUGCUCCUCGAGGUUAUUUCGGGUGAGACGUUGCCGAAACCGGACCGCGGCAAAAUGAGAUUCCACAAGAUCGCCAACGUGAACAAGGCUCUGGACUUCAUUUUCUCUAAGGGCGUUAGGCUGGUUUCGAUUGGAGCAGAAGAAAUCGUUGAUGGAAAUCUGAAGAUGACGUUGGGAAUGAUUUGGACUAUCAUUCUGAGAUUUGCCAUCCAAGACAUCUCCGUUGAAGAGAUGACUGCGAAGGAAGGAUUGUUGCUGUGGUGUCAACGGAAAACUGCCCCUUACAAGAACGUCAACGUUCAAAAUUUCCACACAAGCUUCAAGGAUGGGCUGGCUUUCUGUGCCCUUAUCCAUCGUCAUCGCCCUGAUCUGAUCGAUUACUCGAGACUGUCCAAGGACAAUCCUUGGGAGAAUUUGAACUUAGCGUUCGAUGUCGCUGAGAAGUACCUCGAUAUCCCGCGGAUGCUGGACCCAGAAGAUAUUGCGAACAGCCCCUUGCCUGAUGAACGAGCCGUGAUGACGUAUGUGUCAUCAUAUUACCAUACAUUCACGGGAGCGCAGAAGGCGGAAACAGCUGCCAACAGAAUUUGCAAGGUUCUUCGCGUGAACCAAGAGAAUGAACGACUCAUGGAAGAGUACGAGCGAUUAGCCAGUGAUUUGCUAGACUGGAUUCGUCGCACACUGCCAUGGCUUGAGUCGAGACAGAUUGACAACUCGUUGGCUACAGUUCGGAAGAAGUUGGAAGAAUAUCGCAGCUACCGUCGCCGCCACAAACCGCCGCGUGUGGAGCAGAAGGCCAAAUUGGAGACCAAUUUCAAUACGCUGCAGACGAAGCUCAGGUUGUCUGGCAGACCCGCCUACAUGCCGACAGAGGGCAAGUUGGUGUCCGACAUCUCCAAGGCGUGGAAAAGUCUUGAAGAUGCAGAGAAAGGAUUUGAGGAUUGGCUCCUGAAUGAAAUGAUAAGAUUGGAGAGGCUGGAUCAUCUUGUGCAGAAGUUUAAACACAAGAGUGACAUUCACGAGGACUGGACGAAGGGUAAAGAAGAGAGUCUCGGAAAACAGGAUUAUCGUCAAUGCAAACUCAACGAUAUCAAAGCUUUGAAGAAGAAGCAUGAGGCUUUUGAAUCGGACCUUGCAGCUCACCAGGAUCGCGUGGAGCAGAUCGCUGAAAUCGCUCAAGAAUUGAACUCUUUGGAGUACCACGAUGUUGCCACAAUAAAUGCGCGCUGCAAGCGCAUUUGCGACCAGUGGGACCGACUUGGCACGCUCACGCACCAGAGACGUGAUGCCUUGGAUGAAACCGAAAAAUUGCUGGAAAAGAUCGAUCAUCUUCAUUUAGAAUUCGCCAAGCGUGCGGCACCUUUCAACAACUGGCUCGAUGGCGCUCGUGAGGACUUGGUAGACAUGCUGUUCGUGCAUAAUAUUCAAGAGAUCCAAGGAAUGAUCAGUGCACAUGGGCAGUUUAAGGCUACUCUGGGAGAGGCUGACAAGGAAUUCGGUGCUAUUAUUGGUUUUGUUGAGCAAGUUCGUCAGCUUGCCGAAACGCACCGCGUGCCAGGUGGUUUGGAGAACCCCUACACCAGUCUAUGUGCCAAUGAGCUCGCGAGGAAGUGGCAGGAUGUCAAGAACCUUGUUCCGCAGCGGGACCAAACGCUUCAAGCCGAGUUGCAAAAGCAGCAGAACAACGAGAGUCUUCGGCGUCAGUUUGCCGAGAAAGCUAACCAGAUUGGUCCAUGGAUCGAGAAACAGCUGGAUGUGGUCACAUCGAUCGGCAUGGGCAUGCAGGGCGCACUGGAAGAUCAACUGCAGCGGUUGAAAGACAUGGAUCAUACAGUGGUUGGCUACAAACCUCAAUUUGAAGAGCUUGAGCGUAUUCACCAGGUGGUUCAGGAAGGAAUGAUUUUCGAGAACAGAUACACUCAGUACACGAUGGAUACUCUGCGUGUCGGUUGGGAGCAACUGGUGACGUCGAUCAAUCGUAACGUGAACGAAGUUGAGAACCAGAUCCUGACGCGAGAUUCUAAAGGGAUUACUCAGGAGCAACUCAACGAAUUCCGUGCCAGCUUCAACCACUUUGACAGAAACAGGAUUGGUCGUCUCACCCCCGAAGAGCUGAAAUCGUGCCUUGUGGCCCUCGGCUGCCCUAGCCAGAAUGACCAAGGGGAAUUUAAGCGUAUCAUGGAUGCUGUGGAUCCAAAUAAUACUGGUUUUGUGCCAUUUGAUGCCUUCCUGGACUACAUGACCCAAGCGUCUACGGACACUGACACGGCGGAACAAGUGAUUGACUCCUUCCGCAUUUUGGCUGGAGACAAGCCAUUCAUUACGGCCGAAGAGCUCCGCCGUGAGUUGCCGCCUGACCAAGCUGAGUACUGUAUCCAGCGCAUGCCUGCCUAUCAAGGUCCUGGUGGAGUACCCGUGCCAGGACAUCUGGACUACAUGUCCUUCUCAACAGCUCUCUACGGCUCAUCGGACCUGUGAGAGAAUAUUCUGAACUGGUCUUCCACCCUGACGAGACUGUCCUCGCAAGUUUUCCUAAACUCACCGAACAAGAAGUUUUUAUCUGCACGAGAUCCCAUGGUGCCCGUAAAUGAUUAAUUUGAAUUGCAGCUUAGGUUACGCCGUGGGUUUGGUAGCUUCUUCAAAGUCGCGCAGCUGCCUGGUCACGGCAAGAUGUUGGUCGUGCUUUAUUUUUGUUGGCGAUCGAGGAUAGUCGACCUGUUACUAUGUCUCUGGCUUCGCUUGCCUAAUUCCUACCCGGCAUCUGGGGUUGUUGAUUCCGAUGUAAACGAUGGACUGCCGUGGAUGGGUCUCGAAUGCUUGGGUGGGUCAUUGUGAAUCUUGGGCUUCGUCAUUUAGAAACAGCCGAUUCCAUCGUCCCAAAAGCCACGGAAUCACAAACGAGAUUUGGGCAUUACGUGAAUCCCUGUUGAGGCAAACAGUAGGCGAACCCGGCGUCAGUGCUAAUCGUAAUUUAUGGUAAUUUAUUUGGUGUGUGCAUGAGUUAGCCUAAGCCGGUCGCCUUUUUCUUGCGGGAAACCCCUUGUCGCAUACACAUCGCAAAACUGGAGUGCCUUCUCGCGAUUCUAUGAACGCGUGUCAUCCUCUUGCUAUUUUUCUCCCUGUGUGGGUUUGAACUGCUCUAUUUUUGCCUAGAGGAGCGUGUGCGCUGCCGGCGAUUUUAGGGAAUUCGAUGUCGAACCGAGCUUUGUCUAUUGAUCUGGUGAUUUCCUUCGUCGAGCGUCUUCCCGUUGUCCCUAGCUGGUCUUCCCGUUUUACUGUCUAUAAGCCGUGUUCGUCUGUGUUAUAUUAAGAGCAUUGAUCAUCCGAUGUACAUAUUUAAGGUCUUACGCGGCGGAUUUUUUUUUUUUUUUUUUUUUUGGUU